UAAGUUAGCUGCCAAGAGGUCCUAUUUAGCCUGGGAGAAAUUCGGUGUUUUUUCAGGAGGGAAACUUCGCAAGGUUUUGUCCCGAGUCAGAUACGAUUACCACUGAAAAAUAAAAAGCGAACGGUUCAUAAAGUAAUAUACAUUUUUAAUCGUACAGAAGGAGCCACGAGUCAUGUCUGGUAUCGCCUUAAGCAGACUGGCGCAGGAGCGCAAGGCCUGGCGGAAAGACCACCCUUUCGGCUUUGUGGCCGUGCCGACCAAAAACCCCGACGGAACCAUGAACCUGAUGAACUGGGAGUGCGCCAUUCCUGGAAAGAAAGGGACCCCGUGGGAGGGCGGCCUGUUCAAGCUGCGGAUGCUCUUUAAGGACGACUACCCUUCGUCUCCCCCCAAAUGUAAAUUUGAGCCUCCGUUGUUCCACCCCAAUGUUUACCCCUCUGGUACAGUGUGCCUCUCCAUUUUAGAGGAGGACAAAGACUGGAGGCCAGCCAUCACCAUCAAGCAGAUCCUGUUAGGAAUCCAAGAACUCCUGAACGAGCCCAACAUCCAGGACCCAGCCCAGGCAGAGGCCUACACCAUUUACUGCCAGAACAGAGUAGAAUAUGAAAAAAGGGUCCGAGCACAAGCCAAAAAAUUCUCACCAUAAAACGUCAAAGAGAAAAAAAAAUCCUUGUGAAAGAACGGAAGGAAUCGGUGGGCAAGGUGGUGUUUAUUUUUUUAUUGUUUUUUUUUUUUUGUUUUUUUUGCUCCCUUUUUGAUUUAAUUUUUAUUUUCCCCAAAAAAUAAUGUUAUCCUUCACGUACUUAUUUCUCCACUCUUCGCACGUACUUUUACAGGACUUAUUUAAAACUGAAUAUGUGCUGCCCUUUCUGGUCUUUAGCCGCAAUUUGUCUGGUGUGGGGGGGGAGGGAGGGGGGGGGGACUUGCUUUUAUCCUUUUUAGUUCUUUGUAGGUGCAAGGGGGGGUGGCACAGUUCCAGAUUCCACACGCUUAUCAUUGUGCCCCCACCAUUUAUUACUCUCAAACAAUUCAGACUAAAAAAAUAAUAAUUUUGAAUACAAGUACACAGAUUUGGGUCGGCCAUCUUGGUUUUUUUUUUUCCCCCCCCAAAAUAUGCUGUUUUUUUCCCCCCUCAUUUUCUUUCAAACAGGGUCUGUUCUAUCAGUCUGUGUGUUUUCCAUGGUUUUAAUGAUGUAAAACUUGCUAUUACUUUAAUAUGUCAGUAUUUCAACUGCUGUAAAAUGAUGAACUUUUAUACUUUCUAUGAUUACUCUAGCGUCUCUAGACGACUCUUUCCAUCUCUGAUGCAGGCCUUGUAUUCCGCAUGUUGUAAUAUAUGAUAGCGUCGUGCUGCCUUGGCCAUUUGAGUAGGUCCCGGAGGGCAAUGGGAAGGAGCAGCCACAGUGAAUCAAAUAUCAAGAGGCAGGUUAGCUUAAAACUGCAUCAGACUCUUUGUGUUUCUAUGGUGUUUUGUUCAUGUACGUGUUUAGAGUAAAUAAAAAUGUUUAUACAAA